AAAGAUGAUUAUUGCAGCCGUCGUUACUCGUUACAUACUAGCUCAGUAGGCAAAUGAGAGCUGCCCAUUGACGACCCUUUCGCUCUUUGCAAAUCUCUGACCAAAAACGGAAAACAUGGCGGCCUCAGCAUCGUUACAGAAUCUCCUGAAAGUCGGGACUAAAAUCGUCGCCGUUGGCCGCAACUACGCAGCUCAUGCCAAAGAACUCGGGAACGCCGUGCCCAAGGAGCCGGUUUUGUUUUUAAAGCCGACAUCUUCGUAUUUGGAAAAUGGAGGGACAAUCGAGGUUCCGCACCCUUUGAAUUCCUUGGAUCAUGAAGUUGAGCUUGCUGUCGUGAUCGGACAAAAGGCUCGGGAUGUGCCUGAAAAGACUGCCAUGAAUUAUGUUGGGGGCUAUGCUUUAGCACUGGAUAUGACUGCAAGGGAAAUCCAAUCUGUUGCAAAGUCUGCAGGUCUUCCGUGGACAGUUGCUAAAGGGCAGGACACCUUUACACCUAUCAGUUCUGUUUUGUCGAUGUCUAUGGUGCCUGACCCUGACAACUUGGAGCUGUGGUUAAAGGUAGAUGGAGAAACACGACAAAAGGGUUCCACCAAGGAUAUGAUUUUUAAGAUUCCUUACCUCAUUAGCCACAUAAGUUCCAUUAUGACACUUUGUGAAGGAGAUGUCAUAUUAACAGGCACUCCUCAAGGUGUUGGCCCUGUAAAAGUAGGCCAGAAGAUAAGUGCUGGGAUAACAGGCCUUGUAGAUGUUCACUUUGAUGUUGGAAAACGCCAAAAGCCAGGAAACUGUUGAGCUAAGCGCAUCUAUGCUGCAGCAACCAGAGCCUGUUUAAGCAGAAUUUAUCCUUUAAUUUCUGAUUCAACACUGCAGACGCCCCGCACAUCCUUCUAUUGGAGUUAACCAAGCAUCUGGGCAGCUAAAAACAAACAUUAAAAUAACCCAAGCAUCUGAAACACAGCCCUUGGAUCUUUCUGGAACUUGCAGUGAGGUAUACUGCAACCAACUUAAAACGAAUGCCUGUUGGCCUUUGAGAACUUGCUCAUUUGUAUGGAUUGUGCUUAAUAUCUUUGAAUGAUGCAACUCUAUUGUGAACUUGUGCUAAAGUAGGAAAUGAAAUAAAGGUACAGCAUUUAUCA